AUUUUUAUUUAUAAAGAAACAAAGUCAAAGACUGAAAGAUGGCGGAAAGCAUUGUUGAUAUCAUAAAGGGUGUUCUCAAAUGUUUAGGACUCGUAGUUUAUUACUGGCUCAUAGCCAUUGUAAAGGCAAUUGUACCAACCAGCUGGCAGGCAAAAGAUAUAUCCGGGGAGACUGUUCUCAUCACAGGAGCAGGCAGUGGUAUUGGACGACUGAUGGCAUUAAAGUUUGCUAGGUUGAAAUGUCGCCUUGUAUUGUGGGAUGUUAACCAGACGGGCAAUGAGGAAACAUUAGCAAUGUGUAAAGAGUAUGGUGUCACUGUUAAAGCGUACAAGAUAGAUCUGUGUGACAAAGAUGAUGUAUAUCAUGUUGCUAACAGGGUGAAAGAAGAGGUUGGUCAGGUUGAUAUACUUGUAAACAAUGCUGGUAUAGUGACAGGGAAAAAAUUCUUGGAAUGUUCAGAUAUGAUGAUACAGAAAACUAUGGAAGUAAACAUAAUGGCUCAUUUCUGGACAGUGAAGUCUUUCCUACCUGACAUGAUGAGUAGGAAUCACGGCCAUAUAGUAAACAUCGCAAGCUCUGCUGGACUCGUUGGAGUUACUGGCCUUGCUGACUACUGUGCCAGUAAAUUUGCUGCUGUCGGUUUUGAUGAAUCGCUGAGGUUUGAACUUGAGGCGCAGGGUAAAGAUGGUAUAUAUACAACAGUAGUUUGUCCGUUCUUUAUCAACACAGGAAUGUUUGAAGGUGCCAAAACAAGGUUUCCAUUUCUGUUACCGAUCGUAGAGCCAGAGUAUGCAGCCGGUAAGAUUGUGGACGCUGUAUUGUGUAACCAGUCCAUGCUUCUCAUACCUAGAAUAUUAUACUGCUUUUUUGCUUUGAAAGGGUUUCUGCCGACAUCAUGUCUACAUGUUAUCAGUAAGCACUUGUGUAUUAACAACUGUAUGGAUGAUUUUAAGGGCCGACAACCUAAACAAGAUUAAAAAAGGAAAGGAUAACAAAAGGGCCAUGACAAGCUUUGAAAUUGUGAAAACAAAAAUAUUUUUCUGUAUAUGUCUAUUAUAGUCACAGCUUAUUGUUUGACAUAUACUGUAACCAUCUUUUUAUGUAUUUCUCUUCUUUUUUAGCUCACCUGUCACAAAGUGACAUGGUGAGCUUUUGUGAUCACUUUUCUUCCGGCGUCCGUCCUUCCAGGGUUCGUAAACUUUUACUUUAAAUGACAUCUCCUCAUAAACCGCUAAGCCAAUUUCAUCCAAACUUCACAGGAAUGGUCCUUUGGUGGUCACCUUUAAAAAUUGUUCAAAGAAUUAAUUCCAUGCAGAACUCUGGUUGCCAUGGCAACCGAAAGAAAAAACUUAAAGUAUCUUCUUUUGAAAAACCCAGAGGUAGAGCUUAGAUAUUUGGCAUGAAACAUCUUCUAUUGAGUGUCUAUCAAGUUUGUUCAAAUAAAAGCCCUGGAGUCAAAAUUGGCCCCACCCAAUGGUGUCAUUGCUUUAAGUAAAAACUUAAAAAGUCUUCUUUUAAAAAACCAAAAGAGCUAGAGCUAAAAUAUUUGGCAUGAAACAUUGUCUGAUGAGUAUCUACCAAGUUUGUUCAAAUAAAAUCCCUGGGGUCAAAAUUGGUCCUGCCCCGGGGGUCAUUGAUUUUUCUUAUAUGUAUAUAGUAUAAACUUAAAAAAUCUUCUUUUAAGUAACGGAAAGAGCUAAAGCUUAAAUAUUUGACAUGAAACAUCUUCUGGUGAGUGUCUACCAAGUUUGUUCAAAUAAAAUCCCUGGGAUCAAAAUUGACCCCGCCCCGGGGGUACUGUUUUUCCUUAUAUGUCUAGUAAAAACUUAAAAAAUCUUCUUUUAAAUAACCCAUAGAGCUAGAGCUUAGAUAUUAAGCAUGAAACAUCUUCUAGUGAGUGUCUACCAAAUUUGUUCAAAUAAAAGCCCCAGGGAUAAAUUUGGCCUGCUUCAGGGGUCUGAUUUUCCUUAUAUGUCUAUAUAGUAAAAGCUUAAAAAAUCUUUUUUUAAAAACCCCAAAGAGCUAGAGCUUAGAUAUUGAUCAUGAAACAUCUUCUAAUAAGUGUUAAAAAAGCCCCUGGGUUAAAUUAGUCCCGCCCCAAGGGCCUAUAUACAGGUGAGCGAUUUCAGGAACAUCAUGGCCCUCUUGUUUUGUAAAAUGUUUAUUUCUCAACUUGUAAAUAAAACAAAAUGUAAUUGUUAAAGCAGCAUUGCUCAGGAUUCAUGCCUAUUUUCAUGAAAAUAUUGAAAAUGUAUUAAAAAGUAUAAUACUAUUAAGUGAACUCAGAAAAUAAUUCACACAUUGCAAAUGGCAUUUAAAUUUAUGGGGGCCAGGAUAUGCAAAAGUAUUCUUUUUUCUGUAAAUCCUGCAGUAGUAAUAAUCAUUAUUAAUCAUUAAUUAAUUGCAUAUAACAUGUAAAUUAUUUCUUUAAUUGUGAAUAUUUUUACUUUUCUUAAAAUCUUAGUAUAUUUUUCUCAAGGUUGAUUUUCUUGAAAUAUUUGACUCAAUUGGAGGUGUGCAGCUUUAACUUGUGUUGUAGGGUAAAUUUGACAUGUUCAUUAACAUUUUGUAUCUAUAUUUACAUUAAUUCAUAUACAUUGACCAACUUAGAUUUUUUUUUCUAAACUUUGAUUCCAUACUUUAUUUUAUCACUUACCAGUGCGGCCUGCACCUUUAACGACUCCGUAAAUGUGGUAUUGCACGGUCUUGCAUAUAUUUUAAUGUGACAUCAUUUGCUUUAUACAAACAUAGUGUAAAGACGCACUAGGUGCAUCAAUGAAUAAUUAUUCUUUUUACUUUAAACAGUCUUAAUUUUGGGUAUGUGAUAAUUAGAAUAUUAUAUUUGUGUAGGUUCAUUACUGAAUUUAUUGAACUAGAGGCUUGCAUAAUAUGAUUUGAUUUAUCUCGUUCAAUAAAUUUAGUAUUGAAGUUACACUCAUUCAAUAUCCUCUUUUUAAUCAAGGACAUUAUUGGGGGAUUUAUUUAGAGUAAAUAUUCUAAAUAUUCUGUCUUUUAAGACUAAAAUGAAAUAACUAGUCACAGAAACAUAAAGUCCCUUUCUUUGAAAUUCACUGUCAUUAUAGUCUGUCAUCUGGUUCAUCUAAUAUUGUUAUUCAUUUAUAUGUACGAUAUUAAAGGUAAGUGGACAUUGAUUGUUCAUGAUAACAAUGUUAAUAAUUGUGCUCAAUUAAGAGUAUUGCUUGAAUGAUUUUUAUAUUAUAAUAAUACAACAAGAUAUUUGUUCAGAUAUUAUCUUAGAUAAAAGAUAACAUUUUGAAGUCCUAGAUAUUACUUACUUUUAAGACUUACCAAACUUCUGUUGGUUUUAUUCUGGUCAUAUUUUUCUUUAUUUUUAUCCACCCUGUAUAUCCAUUAAUUCAAGAAUGGUAAAAUUCACCGAGAAAUAUGCAAAAUAAUGUGAAAUCUGUGCAAAUCUAUGAAUGAAAUAAUUAUUGCUGUAAGUAAAUGAAACCAUAUAUUUUAGAGAAAGUAAACUGAAUUGAAAGAAAUGAAUAAGAAAAUAUAGCUGUUUUGACUUCAUAUUUCAACCCCUUUUACAAAUUUUAUUAGGAAAGUGUUUACAUUUCAUGAUCAUUCAUUUACAAGUCUUCCUGGCCAAUAAUUUCAACAAUAUAUAUAUUCACGUUUAGGCAUUACAGUUGUCAACCCCCGGUGCAUUAAUUUCUCAUUUAUAUCAAUCCAAAUCCCAAUUAAUGUAUGUUAACAUCAUUUAAUAUGUGUUUAUGUUAGUUAUUCCAUGACUUACAAACAUGUUUCUCUAUUGGAUAUUACUGGAUGGAUUAAUUGAAUUUAAUUUCCUAUAUUUCCAUAUACAUGUAGAUAUCAGUCAUGAAAUAUGUAAUAAGUUGUUAGAUUAUAUAACCUUAUCCUACUGUGGAUAUCAAGCGAGCGAUGUUGGGCCAUGUAAGGCCUCUGUUUUUUUGUU